CGCGCUCCGGACGCUGCAGGAAAGAGGCGCACCGCGCGCACGGAGGAGUUGUUUUUCACCCGCAGUCGUGUGUGAAGACGUGUCGAUAUCUCGGGAUCUCUCAGCGCUCUCUGACGACUCAUGAUUUGAGCUGAACUUUAGCCUCGGCCUCGUCGAAGCGUGUAAAGACGUCUCCGGAGAGAGAGAGAGAAGAUGAUGAAGUGUACUUUGCUGCGGCUUAACGCUAAAUGUCUUGGAUGAACACGACAGGUGUCUCCGGGCCUGCUGUGCUUCGUGUAGUAUGUGAGUCUCCGAGCACUCGGCAGCAUGAGCGGCUCCGGGAAACGCUGGCUCUGGCCCUCGCUGGGCAGCUUCCGGCCCCGCUCGGAGCGAGUGCUGCUGGCCCGCAGCGAGAGCGGCCCCGGGGAGCCCGUGCUCAAGAUCACCAUCACUGAGACCACGGUGAUCGAGGCCGACGCCGGCGUCUGGAGCUCCAGGGCUCUCACCUACCUGGCCCUCUGGUACUUCUUCAGCUUCUGCACGCUCUUCCUCAACAAGUACAUCCUGUCUCUGCUGGAGGGAGAGCCCAGCAUGCUGGGUGCUGUCCAGAUGCUGUCCACGACCGUGAUCGGCUGCGUGAAGAUGUUCGUUCCCUGUCCUCUGUACAGUCACAAAUCCCGCUCCGAGUACCCUCCCAACUUCCUCAUGAUCAUGCUGUUCGUGGGGCUGAUGAGGUUCACCACGGUGGUGCUGGGACUGGUGAGUCUGAAGAACGUGGCCGUGUCGUUUGCUGAGACGGUCAAAAGCUCGGCGCCCAUCUUCACCGUCAUCAUGUCCCGCCUCAUCCUGGGAGAAUACACAGGUUUCUGGGUCAAUCUGUCUCUCAUUCCUGUGAUGGCGGGUCUGGCUCUCUGCACCGCCACCGAGAUCAGCUUCAACAUGCUGGGCUUCUCCGCCGCUCUUUCCACCAACAUCAUGGACUGCUUGCAGAAUGUGUUCUCCAAGAAGCUGCUGAGUGGAGACAAGUAUAAGCUGAGUCCUCCAGAGCUUCAGUUUUACACCAGCGCUGCAGCGGUCAUCAUGCUCGUCCCUGCCUGGAUCUUCCUGAUGGACCUGCCUCUGAUGGGGAAGAGCGAGCGCUCCUUCAAACUGUCUCAAGACAUCGUGCUGCUGCUGCUGUUCGACGGCGUGCUCUUCCACCUGCAGAGCGUCACGGCCUACGCUCUCAUGGGCCGCAUCUCGCCCGUCACCUUCAGCGUGGCCAGCACGGUGAAGCACGCUCUGUCCAUCUGGCUGAGCAUCAUCGUGUUCAGUAACCCCAUCACGCUGGUGUCCGCCGUCGGGACCGUCAUGGUGUUUCUGGGAGUCCUGCUCUACAACAAAGCCAAGCAGAUGCAGAGAGACUCUCUGGUGCAGCACGCUCUGGAGCAGUCGGCCGAUUCCCAGCAGAAACCCAUCCUUCAAGACGGAGACGCCAAAUAACAGCCUCACCCCGGAACUGACCUUUCUGCAGAGAGAGGCUCGAGGAUGGACAGCGACUCAUGCCUUACGUACCUGUGGUUUUGGGACCCUAUAAUUCUGCUUGGUAAAAACCAAAAGAGACUCUUGAAGCAAAAAGUCAUUGCAAUAUUCUGUGGCGUGAAUCUAGGCAACGAACGUUUGAGACCGCGAGCGACUCUCACCAGCGAUCGUCCAGCUCAUAUUUUACCCCAAAAUAAUUCAUUACAGUUUGAAUAAAACCGCUAUUCUUGCGUCUUCGAGAAUAAUGUCGUAUAAAAAUGAUGGCAUUUCCUGAGUAUGUUUUUCAAGGGUCAUUUCAUAGUUGAGCUCACGUUCCGCUGCUAACGCGAGAAAGAGUGAUUGAGUUUUUGUGUGUUUUCUGACUUCGUUCAUUCCUCAUGCAGCAAAUCACGAUCUUCGUCCAGCCUGUGUUUUCUCUCAUACGAUGAGGAUUUACUGUAAUCACGUGCAUUGCUGCGGAAACAGACUGCUUUCACUUUUUUUUUUACUUAUCGACUUAUUUUGGAUCUGGAAUUUACGGUUAUGUCCAGACUAUCAAACGACUUGAAGUUUCCCUGUGUUUUAAUUUUCUUGAAAUGUUUGUUCUCUUUAUAGUCUUUAUUCUCUCCGUGAAUGUUGUUUAACUGAUGUGACAGGAACUGACUCUGAUUUGUCAAGUGAAAUGAUGAACCUGCUGACAGAAUCUUUUUUGCAAGGGUUUUUUUUUUUUUUUCGUCUCAUCAACUGUGGUGGAUUGUGUAUGUGAUAUAUAAAAUGAUGUAUGUUUGUACAAUAACCACUAAUGGGAAUUGUCUGUAUAAUUUGGUCUUCGUGCAUUGGUAACAUUUUGAUUUGUAUGAAUUUUGCAUUUCUUUAUUAAACGUAUACAGUGCGA